GUUCCAGUAGUCAUUGUUUCGCAGUAUCAAAGUCAUCAUCACAGCCCCCAUCAGGUAGUGCCUCAAAUAUCUCAUGCACUUCCGGUCCUGCAAAGUGCAAAAGCAUUGCACGCUUACGUUUCUUGUUUGUAAUGUUUUCUGCUAUGAGAAAUGUCUCAAAAAGUUUAAUUCACAUUCUCCAUAAAAGAGCAAGAAUCAUGUACUGGGCCUGGGGUUCCGUUUCUGAAGGGGGUUUUCAACCCAAGUUUUCUCACAACUUCACCCGUUUUUUUCACAAGCAUCAUCCGGGUAAUGCCAAAGCCCUGGCUUGCCGCUCUCUUCGUUUUGCGAACAAUAUCCGCCUCAACAUCAUGGGGAAGUGUGGGAGGCCUUCCUGCCUUUCUGACCUGUUUUGUGGUCUGAAAUACUUGAUCUUGGAAUGCCAUACUUAGCCGCCGUUUGGCGAAGGCUAAGUUUACCCUCUCUGUAGACCGCUACGGCCUUGGCCAAAUCGUCUUUUGUGUACAUAGACUGAAAUAUAGUUUUUUGGGUAUAAUAGAGCAACAGAAUUUCAUAAUUUUGAAAGACAGCCUUAUUUUGGUCAGAUUUAGAAUUCCUAUUUUAACUAGUCUUCAAGUCAUUCAACAAUUAUCUUGAUACUGAAAACAAUGAAAGAGGACAAUCUGUAAUAAAAUAUUCGAUUUAGAAAGUGAGCGUUCUCGUACUCACUUUUGAAUUUAGCAGCCAUUGAGAGGAAAGACUGCUCGAUCAACAAAUAUUAGUAAUCAAUCAAUAUUUAUUAUUUUA